GGGCGGCCGGCGGCCCCCAGCUGCGGCGGCGGCGGCGGCGGCGCCCCAGUGCCCCGCGGCGGCGGCAGGCGGAGCCCGGCGCGGGCGGGUUGGCGGCGGCGGCGGCGCUGCCGGCACAGGGCAAAAAUGAACGUCGGAGUUGCCCACAGCGAGGUAAAUCCUAACACGCGGGUGAUGAACAGUCGAGGAAUGUGGCUGACGUACGCGCUCGGAGUCGGCUUGCUGCACAUCGUCUUGCUCAGCAUUCCCUUCUUCAGCGUCCCUGUUGCGUGGACUUUAACAAACGUGAUUCACAAUCUGGGAAUGUAUGUGUUUUUGCAUGCAGUUAAGGGAACUCCUUUUGAGACACCUGAUCAGGGGAAAGCUAGGCUACUAACACACUGGGAGCAGCUGGAUUAUGGAGUACAAUUUACAUCUUCAAGAAAAUUCUUCACAAUCUCUCCUAUAAUACUGUACUUCCUGGCAAGUUUCUACACGAAGUACGAUCCAACGCACUUUAUCCUCAACACGGCCUCCCUCCUGACGGUGCUCAUCCCCAAGCUGCCGCAGCUGCAUGGCGUCAGAGUCUUUGGCAUCAAUAAAUACUGAGCAGAAGGUGCGACGCCAACCAGCCCUGGCACUGCUGUGGCUUCUCUUCCGGAGAAGGAAAUGAGUAGUUUGCUGCUGUGCCGCUUAUCUGAUAAUACUCAGUGAGAGAUGCUUUUACCUCUGAGAUCCAGUUACUACUUCUUGCGACCUUGUCUGGAAUGAAAGUUGAGUUUGUAAAAAGAUGCCUCCAAAUACUUAAAUGUGAAUUGGAAACCUCUAGAAGAAAGAUUUCUGUGAGGAACUGGGUAGGCCCAGCUCUAUAGUGUAAUCAGCACUACGACGAUAUGUAUGUCUGGCUGAUGCAAGUGACUGGUAAAGAAGGUAUGAGUAACUGUUGAAAUGGAGAGCAGUGUGUCACAACCACCCAAUCAACUGUAGUACAAAUGGCAACUUAAUAUUUAAAUCCAGAAUCCAUAAUUUAAAGGACUGGUGAGGCUGCAUUCUUGGGUUACAUAAAAGUAGCUAGUUACUGCUUUUGGGGUUGUAAAUCGUUUUGUUUUGUUACUGCAUGGGAAAAGUUUGUCUCAGUAAAUACUGUGAUAGCUAGUAUAACCUGAUGGUAUAAUCAAUGCCUUAUUUUUCCUGUGAUCUUUGUCACAAAGACUGAAAGUCCUUAACUGUCAGCUCAGGAGAUUUCUACGUCAACCUGAUUAGCUUAAUUUACCUAUGCUUCUACAGGUUGCCAAGGUUGUUCUUGUUCUGUUUCAUUUUUGCUUUCCGGCAAAAAUGAAACAUCGAUUUUCCGUGUGUAAAUGAGACAUCCUGAAAAGCUGAAAUUUCUUUUAAGUUGGAUGUUUGACUAUUUUCUCUGGUACUUGACUUAGAGAUUGUAUUUCAGUAGUUGAGAGGCCUGUGAUGGUGGGGGAACGGUCGCUGCCGUUGUAGAAGCAGCUCCAUUAGAGAGUAACAGUGUUAAACUAUGUGAGAGGAACUGUGUAGAUCAUAAGUUAGAGUAGAAGCCCAACUAGAAAUAGGCAAGUAGGCAAAUCGUAUGGCCUAGCUGUAUGUGUUUGCAGAAAAAGAUGUAAAUAAUUUGCAUGUCUUGGAAAUGUGCAGGAAUGCAGCAUUUUAAGGGUACUGUGUGGUAUUGAGUAAUCUUCUAUGUAAUCGGCUCUGGAACUAGAGCGAAGGAGGUACCUCUAGAGCACUGAGCACUUAUUCCGGUAUCUUGGAAAAAAGGUAAAUUUUUAAAUCUACCAAGUGGCUGCCAGCUGAAAAUGGAUUAGACAGAAGACUCCAUUCAAGACUUCAGAGGUGACUUUUUAAUUUCUAGUAUCAUGGCCCUGAUUUACAUUUUGGUUGCAAUGACAGCCUGUGAGAGGGGGAAAAAAAAGCCACAGUGGCGUAUUUCUUUUCAUGUUAGAGAAUUUUUGGAUUACUUACUUGAUAAAGAUGCUAUAAAAAUA